UGUGCCAAGGCCUCCAGCUUUAAGAAGCCCUCGCUAGGAGCCGCGUCCCAGAGGAAGAAAGCGAGUCCCAAGCUGGAGCUCACUGAGGAGCAGAAGCAGGAGAUCCGGGAGGCUUUCGACCUGUUUGACACAGACGGUACCGGGAACAUAGAUGUUAAGGAGCUAAAGGUGGCCAUGAGAGCACUAGGGUUUGAACCUAAAAAAGAAGAGAUCAAGAAAAUGAUAUCAGAUAUUGAUAAGGAAGGAACAGGAAAAAUCAGCUUCAAUGACUUCUUAGUAGUGAUGACACAGAAAAUGGCUGAAAAAGAUUCCAAAGAAGAGAUUCUCAAAGCUUUCAAACUCUUUGAUGAUGAUGAAACUGGCAAAAUCUCUUUCAAAAACCUCAAACGUGUUGCCAAAGAACUGGGGGAAAAUCUCACAGAUGAAGAGCUGCAGGAAAUGAUCGAUGAGGCAGAUAGAGAUGGUGAUGGGGAAGUCAACGAGCAAGAAUUCUUACGGAUCAUGAAAAAGACCAGCCUGUACUGAAACAGAACUUUCUUUAUUUUUGCACGUGUAUAUACUUUUCGUAGAUGCCUGACUUUUUUAUGGUCUCUUCUUUCUUUUGAGACAGCAGAAAAUAUAGGUCAAUUUUUUUUUUUUAAGUGCACGAUCUUAAACUUGUGUUUGUGAAGAGUUACCAACUGCUAACCUGUUUACACCUAGCAACGUGGUUGCUUGUUUGUGCUCGUAAGGAUGUUUACGCUCUUUGUUUUCAAUACACAAAUCACAUUUUUCAGUGACAGU